AUGGCAGAGAAACUCAUUGUCACUAUUGCUAUGAUAGCGCAACUCACAGCGGCAACAUCCGACCCCUGCGUGGACCACAAGUACAUCUACGACAACGGGGGACGCAGCCCUAAAUGUCCCUACCAGCCGGAGGAGUGUGACCGCUACAUCACGGAGAACUGGUACCAGGUGGUCAACUACCAUGGGUCUCUGGAGAUGCCGACAUCCCACGUGGACAUCAACAGCUGCGGCGCAAACUACCCCGGUUGGCUGAAUGGGACGCACCCAUCCAUCAACGACGGCACCGUGUACAGAGUAGUGUGCGUCAGCGGCUACAACGACCCUUGCAGGAAGCAAGUAACAAUCCGGGUGAAGAACUGUGGCCAUUACUAUGUGUACUACCUAAUGAAGAUGCACGGAUGCUCCGAGAGAUACUGCUUUGGUAUAUAUGGCAUCUGUUCCCCUUCUACGCUAACGGAAGCAACACGAGAGCAAGGGGAGACAACCAGCCCGGAACACGAGAACGGGAAGGCAAAUCAUACUUGUGUGGACUCUCCUGUACCUUCAGAAGCAAACUUCCAAAAAGGGUUCGUCGUAGAAACUGACACAAACAGUCAUGUCCACGAUGUCGUCUGAGACAGAGGGAAGGGUUCCGGAGUGAAUCAAAU